UUUCUAUUGAUCCCAGGUAGUAAUCGUCAGAGCCAUGCAUUUAGCCCACUUAUUCUUUAGCCUUGGCUUUUUCAAAACACGUCUUGUGUCAAGGAAAAAAGAUAUUUCAGGCUCUUUGAAGAUUGCCAAAAAAACCAGUCAUGGAGCAAUCUACAAAGAAGGACGUCAAAGCCAGAGAAGCCACUCAAAAGCCAGGAUUCAUUUGAUCGCUACUACCCGUUCAACGUCGGUAAUUAGUAAAGGAACUGUUCCUUGUUUGCACUGUGGAGGAUUGCAAAUCUCAUCGCAUGCUAAUUGCUUGCCACCACAGCCACCCCGGAAUCAAGUUGGGUCGAACAAGGCAGACGCAAAUAAGAUUGAAAAGAAGGUCCAUCACAAUGCCCAUCCAUCAACAACAAACCAGCCCAACCAAGAGCAUCUAGUGGCCGGUCUUCUUCAGCAAAUCAAAUUGAUGGAACUGGAAAUAUCUUUCUUGAAAAACCAUACGCCCAAAGUGACCACGGGCAAUGAACCAAGACAAAACUCAUCCCUGAUAGAGGAGCCUAAUGGCCUCGUUCCCGGGUCAUCAAAUCACCUUCGCGAUGAGAAUUCCAGGCUUCAGAGCGAGAUAAAAAAGCUGAGACAGGAUUUGGCGCAACGAAACGCCAGUCUUGAAGAGGCUCUCAUGGCCUCGGCCUCGGAAAAACGACAUAGAGCCAACUCGAGGUUGGGCCAGGAAGAGCAGGAGGAGGACAAAUCCAGGCUUUUGGACUCGAUUGCAAGGCUUACAGGCUUAAAUGAGCAACUCGAAACGGAUCGAAAGAAUUUGGAGGAUCGCCUUCAAAGCACUUUGGAAGAGUUGGAGAGACAGAGUAUUGUCAGCAAGGACAGAGAAAAGAGGAUUUGUGCUCUUUUGGAUGACCUGGAGUCUAAGGAUGAAACUCAAGAAAAUAUGAGGAUGGAAACAGAAGCUCUCCGCCUCGAUGUAGUACAAAGACAGAAUCAAUACAAUGACCUCCACGACAAAUUUCUGCAGAGUUCUCAGCAUAUACUCGAAGAAACCCUAAGGGGAUUUAAAGAUGAGAAUCGAAACCUUCAACAAAAACUCAAGAUUCUCGAGGUCAAAGAUGAGGAAUACGCGGAGAGGCAAACGAUGGUCCAAACGAAGCAUGAUAAACUUCUAAUCGAAAAUGCAGAGCUAAGAGCGGAAUUUGCCGAGGUCCGACAAAAACUCGAGUCCGAGGUCCGAGCCAGAGAAUCUCGGGAUGCCAAAUUCCUCUUGGACUCGCAGGAAGCUUCCAGUGGAAAAGAGAAGGAAAAAGCUCUUAAACAGGAGCUCAAUCGGCUCCAAACCGAAGUGGAACGCGAGAAAGCCAAGAUUAAGACUUUCCAAGACAAAAGUGUUCGAGAAGCCCAGCAAAUCACCUCUUUGGAGCUUCGAGUGUCUACUCAGAAAAGCAGAAUCGCUGAGUUAGAGGGCAGCCUUGUCUUAGCUCAAGAGUCCACCAAUAAAAUCCGAAAGGAGUCCUUGGUUCAUCAAGAUAAGAUCUCCCGCCUCUUGAGAGAGAUUGACAAUAAGGGCCAGGACUUAAAAGCUUUGGCAUCUAAACUGACUGCCUCGGAAAACCGUUUAAGGGAGUCUGAGAGGCGAGUUGAGACUAUGAGUUCGUUGCAUAGUCAACGAUGGAUGGAAUUUUCCAAAAUGGCUGAUAGCAUGAAGGAAUUGAGCACGAAUAUGCUCCAACGGAGCAAGUCCAACACAAAGGUUCCUGCUAUUGAGGACGACGUUGAUGAUGGUUUGGAUUAUUAGUUGUUGACAUGGCAAAUAUCAUAUCAAUUUUUACCACAAGUGUUCCUUAGUAUAUUUGAAGCAACAAAAACGGUUUAAAGUCA